CUUUAAUCGCGUGAGUUUGUAAAAAAAACGAAAACACGUGAGGUUGCUGGUCUCUUGGUGGUUUAACUUUGAAGGAGAAGCUGCGCUAGCAUUCUUCCAUAUAACGAGAAGAUGUCAACCGUGUCUGCUGUCAGCUUGGAGUCCGGUGCUGUGACCGAAAGCACCGAGCAGAAGAAGCCACUGAAACCAUGCUGUGCUUGUCCAGAAACAAAGAAAGUCAGGGAUGCUUGUAUCAUUGAAAAGGGAGAGGAAAAUUGCACAGACCUAAUCGAGGCACAUAAAGAGUGCAUGAGGGCUCUUGGAUUCAAGAUUUAGCUACUCAUUUUCAUUUUUUGUGUGCAUGUGUGUAUUGCUAUGACUGGAAGACAACCCUGGAUGUUCCUUUCUCUUCUUCUUCCUGGCUUCUCUUAUUUAUACCUUGACAGGAAGAGAAGUGAGAUGCACUUAGUCUGAAGGGUUGAUGUCUUUCUGUGUGAAACCUUUGUAAUUGUCUGCAGAAUUUGAAAAAUGUAUGAAUGUAAAUGGAAUAAAAGUCCUAUGCAAUAAAUCAUA